AUGGCAAAGCAAGGUUAUAAGAGGUUCGCUUGGGUGAUAAAGGACUUCUACUCUUUGCAAUGUGAGAAGUGUUACUCUGUUCCAUUCCUUAUUGGUGACUGCAAAUGGCGUCUUUGUGCUUAUCCCAAGGGAAGAAACGUUAAUUACUUGUCUCUGUUUCUGGAUGUUGUUGAUUCUGAAUCAUUGCCUUCUGGAUGGAGCAGAUACGUCAAAAUUCGUCUAACCGUGGUAAAACAGGUUUCGGAAGAGCACUCAGUAAUAAAAGAAACGCAUCGCUGGUUUGAUGAGAAGCAUUUGGGCUGGGGUUUUCCAGCUAUGCUUGACCUCACCAAACUCCAUGACGAGAUGGAUAGGUUUCUCGUAAAUGGAGAACUCGUGAUUGUUGCAGAUGUUCAAGUUCUUGAAGUUGUUGGCACUGUAGAUGAAUCGGCGGAAAGUGAAGAGGCAUCUGAACCUGUAAGCAAGAUGAAGGUAGAUGAUGGUGCAAAGUCUAUUGAUUUGCUCAGCCAGACUCAACAAGUGAAGGAAAGCAUUGAUGUCAAUGGGUUUCAAGUUCAUCCUUCACAGGUGGAAUCCGUGAGAUGUAUUUUUGAAAAACACCCAGACAUUGCAAUAGAUUUCCAAGUAAAGAACCAACAUCUGAGGAAAACAUUCAUGAAUUUCCUGGUUAACGUAAUCGAGACGCUGUGCCAAUCUCUUCAGGAGCUCUCCAAAGAAGAUCUUUUGGAGGCAGACAUUGCACUGACAUACGUGAAAGAUGCAGGAUUUAAGGUGGAUUGGUUGGAGAAGAAGCUGGAGGAAGUAAAAGAAAAGAAGGGGAAAGAACUGUCCGGUUUGCUCCAGCUCCAAGAAAUGGAGGAUAAUUUACUGAAACUGAAGGAAAAAUGUUCAGACCUGGAUGCUCUAGUGGAUAAGAAGAAGGCAGAGUUGUCGGUUACCAGAAGUCCGCUCUCAUUCGAUGAUGUUGUUUGA